CAGACUUUGAAAGUAGGAAGUAACUGUGCGAUAUAAACACAACCCAAACUGUACUUGUCUUUUUCGGAUAUAUACAGUGUUGUGUGGAGCGAUCAUGUAGGAGUUGUUCCAGUGCAAUAGGAAGAAAUAUCUUUCAAUACUGAGAGUUAACCAUCGUGUUAAAGCCCCGGGUUAAAGCACCAAGUGAUAUAUGGAUUACUAUUGCCCUUCUUCGUAAACACAAGACCAUCCUACGUUCAGAUUUCCGUGGUCCUUCUCUAUAAACUACCAUGCCGCUCAUCAAGCGCGAGGUCGAACCCGUACUCGUCAGCCAAGUCGACAUCGGGAAGGAGGUCAAGGACGAACUCGAGUGCGUCAGCAACUUCACCCUGGCCAGCAUCAUCCGCCAGUUGGGCAAUCUGGGCAAGCAUGCCGAGGACAUCUUUGCCGAUCUCCUCAGCGAGGCGACAUCGCUGACCCAACGGGCCAAGUCCGUACAGGAUCGCCUGGACAAACUGAAUACUACCUUUGAGAAGCUUGAUCCGAUGACAGAUUCGGUAUCCCUGAGGGAUAUCAACACCCGGUUGGCCUUCCAAAGCUCUCUCAUUCUCGACGCUGAGGUCGUUUCUUCUCGUACCAUGCCCUCAGCGAUGAAGUCGACAUACACACGAUGUGAGCAGCCCCCACCGUUGUCAAUUCUCAACAAAUUCAGACAAGACGGCAAGGAUGGUCUAAAGCUCUACACAGAUCCAAAAUUCUUCUUUGAACGAUGGAAAAACGAACAGCACAAAGAUAUCGAUAAGAAGAAAAAGAAGAAAAAGAAAAGACCACACUCCAGCAAUGUGAGCAAACCUAAGAAAGUUUUGACAACCAAAGAGAAAUUCAAAGACCAAGCUCUGGGGAUAGAAUUCGCGGAGAUGGAACGAGAGAAAAGGGAGCGAGAAAAGAAGGCUUCCGGCGCCACUUCGCCAGAUGCCGAGUCUCCAGAAAAGAGGAACAGCCAAGGAAAAUCCCUAAAUGCUAGCCCCGUCACCACCCCGUCGAGAAGGGCUCCUGGUACCCCAGACUCCGUACGGAAACCUGGCAUGGCUCCACCUCCUGCACCGGGGCCUCCUCCCCCGCCCACUUUCCCGAGUGGAGGCGUGGAUGACUCGGGCGACCUCCCGCUCCCUCCGCCUCCGCUUGAAGAUGACAGCACUUACUCGGAGGUAGGGGACUUGCCGCCGCCUCCUCCCAUUGAUGGCGGCGCUCCAGCCCCGCCAUCGAUGGCUCCAGGGGCUCCACCUGUACCUGCUCCUCCGCCCCCUAUGCCUUCAUCAGCUGGACCUGCACCUCCACCACCGCCGCCACUUCCAGCUGCUGGAGGGCCACCGCUACCGCCACCAACACCCAGACAGAGUGGGACAACCAACAACCCAAGACCAACUACUGCUGUGUCCCAAGUCACGGGGGCACGAGACGAUCUCCUAUCAGCAAUUAAACAAGGUAUGCAACUUCGACGAGUCGAAAUCAAGGUGAAGGACAAACCGCACGAGCCUGAAAAUAACAGCGUCGAGGCGAUCUUACGACGUCGGAUCGCCGUCGAACUCAGCUCAGAUGAGGACACGGGUACUGAGAGCGGCGGUUCCGACUGGGACACGGACGACGACGACUAGAAGCGGACGUCGGAAUUAAGGCAAUUUCAAUUUGGGACUAUUCUAUAUACAUACAUAUAUAAUAUACAUUUAUUUGUAUCUUUUUAAAAUGUACUGUAGAAAAUAGACUAUUUUUAUCAUUAUACAUUCAUAUCGCCGAGAAAGUGAUAAAUAAACCAUGUGCUGAAACCAACCAAGAUUAUUGUUUGCAAAAAUGACGCUUAUCUGAAGCCAUAAGGCUGAAUCCAGAAUAAGCUUAGGCGUCCAUCAUGUUGUCCAUAGACGUCUAUCUCUCCUGCAUGCGUGUCCACUAUACUGCGUAGAUAUUAGACUCGCUGGACAAAUACUUUCAUAUUAAUUCGUGCUUACUUUCUUUCACCCGAAAACGGAAAACACAGAAAAUCAACCUUUUGCCUGUCCCAACCGACUCAUGAAAGAAAAAAAACAGUAGUUCUGAAAAUUUGAUAUUUCUUUUCUCGUAUUGAUUCUUUCCGUAUAGAAAAAGCUUGACUGAAUGAACAAAAGUCUGGAAAGCUAACAAUCAUUGCUGACCUCACCAUGUUGACACGGUGAUAUUCUCGAGUUAUUACAAUUAUGAACUUUUACUCUUUUACUUUAUCUAUCACGGUAGAUUGGAGUUUUUAUUCAUCUUUUCCAUUUCUCGAUCAU